UUUAAUGUGGAAGGAAUGUGGUCAAGAAUUUAGUAACGUGAUUUAUAACGUGUAGCAUCCAAGGGCAUUUUCUUUGCUGAAACAUAUUCUUGAGAUAGAUAAUUUUAGAAUUUGGCUGCACAGUUCCUGACCCUAGGGUCUGCUCCGUCUUCCAGUACCAUAACAUGAGGGACUCCACUGAUUUAUACAAAUAAAAAACAUUAUCAUCAAGAUUGAAAAACAUAUAUAUUAUUAUCCGCUUAUGCACAAAGAAAACCUCACCAGGCAGCUUUCGUAGGCAGACUCCUGCCUGGUCCCUGCCGGACCUUAGCGCUCUCCAUCUGCUGUUUAAGGCUGAGGCGAGGGCGCUUGUUAGCCUCCCUUCUUAUUUUGCACAUUUCAGGGAUCAAUGUGUCUGACACAUAUGUGGUCUAGAUGGAUAUAGAUUUAGAGAUUGACAUUUAUGAAGAUGAGGAAGCCUUGGGACUUACGGCACAUGGAUGGGUAUUGUCCCACCAUUGGACCAAUUGGGUUUUUGAAGUUCUUUGUAAAUGAAAAUUCUGGGAACUUUGACUUAUUAAUUGCACAUCUAAUGGGUUCCUAGAUUGUUAAAAUAGUAUUGAUCUCAGUGUACUCAUUUUCAACAGCUCUUUUCAAUAGUUGAUUUUUGGUAGUCUUCUUUUAGCCUGAUUAAAACUGACUUAUUAUGGAGUACUGCUAAUUGAUGUAUGUCAAACUCUAUGACUGUGGGAGUGGGGUGGGGCAGACUUCCCAACCUUUAGAACCCCAGUUGGGAAAUUUCCACAACCCAAGCGUGUGAUUUUUCCAUGGACGUUCUCCCAGCCACUCUCAUGCACAUCCUGCCUUCUCUUGCCCACUUUUUACCGUAACUAAAACUCAUGAAGCCACAGAAGCCCCUCCAUAAUCCUUACCCUCUAUGCCAAACUGUUGAGAACACCCUGGGCCUCAGAUGCCGGGAGAGGAAACCUCAGGCCGGAUACAAGCGUUUCAACCACGGGAUGGCGUUGAGAACUGUGUUCUGAAUUGGACAAAGCAAGGGGAUGUGCCCGGUUGAACACACCCGGGUCUUUUUUGCAUACCGUGGCUCACCUGCAGUGAUUUUCCAGGAUGCUAGCUCCCCUUCCGCCCUCAUCUCCACUGCCCGUCUCGUCUCUUUCCCUUUUCGUUGCUGGUUUGAGAUGACUCCCUUCUUGGGGCACAUGAUGUUGGGAACUGCUAAUGAGACAGUAUACUUCCCAGACCAAGGGCCAGGGUCUGAAUGAGCGCUUUACUGGGAAGAGAGGAAAGAGCGUAGCCGUCCUGUGGCUCUUCACCUGCGGUUCGGCGCUGCUGGGACCCGGCACUUGGAGGCUGGAUGAACGUGGACUGCGGUGUGUGGAGGGAAAACUGUGAGCGUUCCUCUGCAGGUCGCUGCACUGAGAAGUACCGAUGAGAUUGUUGAUGAUCGUAUGGAGAUUCCUUUCCAUUCUGAGAAGCCAAGAUAUUUUCACCCGGUGGAGGAAUGACGUAGUUCCAUCCUAAUCUUGUCUUAUACUUGCAGGCCCCCUCUUGUCUGCCGCACAUCUGGAAGGCUAUGAUGGGAAUGAAUGUGAAAACUUGGAGGUUUCACCUAACUCGUUGCUUCUGCUCGGAAGAUCACCCUUUAGAAGUGGGAAGGCUGCUGCACGUGGUGGUCGACUCCAAGGGACAAGACGACAUGUAGAAAGCGAUGGAUGAAAGCACCUCAGGGAGCCGCCGACGCACGCUCCCGGUGGCCUAGUCCAGGGAAGCCCUUCCGCGGGGCUCUGGCAUCUGGAAUGCCGCCAGUUCUGGACGCAGGGCUGAUUCCUGAAUGAGGAUGGUCCGGCGGGGGCUGCUUGCGUGGGUCUCUCGGGUGGGGGUUUUGCUCGUGCUCCUCUGCUGUGCCAUCUCUGUCCUCUACAUGUUGGCCUGCACUCCAAAAGGCGACGAGGAGCGGCUGGGGCUGCCCCGGGCCAACGGCCCCACAGGGAAGGAAGGGUACCAGGCUGUCCUGCAGGAGUGGGAGGAGCAGCACCGCAACUACAUCGGCAGCCUCAAGAGGCAGAUUGCGCAGCUCAAGGAGGAGCUGCAGGAGAGGAGCGAGCAGCUCAGGCAUGCACAGUAUCACGCCAGCGAGGCCGCGGGCCUGGGGCCUGACCCGGGGCUCCCCGAGAAGCCCCAGGCAGAUCUGCUGACCUUCCUGCGCUCGCAGGUGGACAGGGCGGAGGUGCACGCCGGCGUCAAGCUGGCCACCGAGUAUGCCGCGGUGCCCUUCGAUAGCUUCACGCUGCAGAAAGUGUACCAGCUGGAGACGGGCUUGACCCGCCACCCCGAGGAGAAACCCGUGAGGAAGGACAAGCGGGACGAGCUGGUGGAAGCCAUUGAGUCUGCCCUGGAGACCCUGAACAGUCCUGCGGAAAGCGGCCCAAAUCAGCGUCUUUACACGGCCGCGGAUUUCAUAGAAGGGAUCUACCGCACAGAAAGAGAUAAAGGCACUUUAUAUGAGCUCACGUUCAAAGGGGAUCACAAGCAUGAAUUCAGACGACUUGUCUUGUUUCGACCAUUUGGCCCUAUCAUGAAAGUAAAAAAAGAAAAACUCAGCAUGGCCAACACACUUAUCAACAUUAUCGUGCCGCUGGCACAGAGGGUGGACAAGUUCCGGCAGUUCAUGCAGAAUUUCAGGGAGAUGUGCAUCCAACAGGAUGGGAGAGUUCAUCUCACCGUUGUUUACUUUGGGAAAGAAGAAAUGAAUGAAGUCAAAGGAAUACUUGAAAACACUUCCAAAGCCGCCAACUUCAGGAACUUUACCUUCAUCCCGCUGAGUGGAGAAUUUUCUCGGGGAAAGGGCCUUGAUGUUGGAGCCCGCUUCUGGAAGGGAAGCAACGUCCUGCUCUUUUUCUGUGACGUUGACAUCUACUUCACCUCGGAAUUCCUCAAUACGUGCAGGCUGAAUACACAGCCAGGGAAGAAGGUGUUUUACCCGGUCCUCUUCAGUCAGUACAAUCCCAGCCUCGUCUAUGGCCGUCAUGAUGCAGUGCUGCCUUUAGAGCAGCAGCUGGUCAUAAAGAAGGAGACUGGGUUUUGGAGAGACUUUGGAUUUGGGAUGACAUGCCAGUAUCGCUCAGACUUCAUCAACAUAGGUGGCUUUGACUUGGACAUCAAAGGCUGGGGCGGAGAGGACGUGCACCUUUACCGCAAGUAUCUGCACAGCAAUCUGAUCGUGGUGCGCACGCCUGUGCGGGGACUCUUCCACCUCUGGCACGAGAAGCGCUGUGUGGAUGAGCUGAGCCCCGAGCAGUACAAGAUGUGCAUGCAGUCCAAGGCCAUGAACGAGGCGUCGCACGGGCAGCUGGGGAUGCUGGUCUUCAGGCACGAGAUAGAGGCUCACCUCCGCAAACAGAAACAGAAGACAAACAGCAAGAAAACAUGAACUCCCGGGGACAGAUUUGGGGAGAUGCUUAUUUUUUUUCCUUUUGCAAUUACCGAAUGAGUGACUGCAACAAGGAAAAGAUUUCUAUAAAGGGCACAAACGAGAAUUCACAGGUCAGUCAGAGAGACGAGGGGGAGCCUCCACUCCUCUCUGCCCGUUUUGCUUCCUGCGGCGGGAAAUCAAGAUCUCCCGCCACACCUGCGGAAGUAGCCCAGGUGCCGGGCGGCGUCCGACAGAGGCAGGAGGACUUGAGUGGUGGGCCUGAUGGCCUGGAGGUUUUGAUUGUGUUUACAGCAAAGUGAGAUCUGUCGUUUUCUGUGCUCAUUGAAAUAGUCAUGAAUUAAGACCAGUUUUGUAAAAAGUUGAUUAGAAUGGAAGGUGAGUACAUAUCUCCCCACACAGUGACUACCGCAGUUGGGCUCUAGCCGGUGGCAGUGCUGGAAUAUCAGAAGGCGGGCAAGGAAACUUUGAAAUCCGAAGAUAUGCUCCUCGCCGUUCUCGUGAGUAUAUUAAGUGAAACCAGUGGACUGAAAAAGGAAAGAAACCGUAACGAUUGUGUCAUUUCCCCCCCAAGAUUAACCAAAAAUAAUCUGCUCAUCUUUUUGGUUGUAGUUUUAACGAUCUCCAUUUGUUUUGUUAGUUUUAUUUAAAAAUGCACUUUUUUUGCUUGUGAGUUAUAUUCUGCUUAUUUAAUUGCCGAUUUGCAAGCCUUACUAAGAGCACAAAUUAGCAUACAUUUUUAUAUUAUUUAAGAAGAUACUUUUAGAUGCAUUAUGAGAACUUUCAGUUCAGAGAGUCAGAUUGAUACCCAUGUGCAAGGACAUGCCAGCGCUCAUCCUGGCAGGCACUGACUGUCCGACCUUCCAGUGUAUGGAAGGCGGGGCGGGGCCGCCGGCGGGUCAAGACCUACGGAGACUUCAUCUGAAGAGUCCUUCUGAAGAGGAGCAACUGAACACUGGAGGGAACAAAAAAAUAUACUUUUUACCUUAACAGAAAAGAAAACUCGUUCAGACUGGUGAUAACCGUGAUUUAUUCAAAAGUCAGAAAAACACAUUUCCUCCUCAGGAGAACUGGGGACUACUUUCUUACCUGUUUAAAUAAACCAAAGUACGCUGUGUGAACCAAACAAUCUCUUUUCAAAGCAGGGUGCUCUUCCUGGCUUCUAGCUUCUGUGAAAGGACGUGCAGAAAAAUGUCUUUGUGAAAGACCCCUCCAUGCCGGAGCCGAGGAGCGUGGACACGUUGCUGCGCGUUCACUCACCCUGCUUUCGGUCUCGGGGAAAGUCACUUAAUUAUUUUUUAAAUUAAGCACUUCUAUUCAGUCACCAAGAUGCUUCUGAAAAUUGCAUUUGAUUACAGUUUCCAACUAUUUUUUAAAAAUAAAUACAGUUAACAUUGAGUGCUUUC